CGAGUUAGCCUGAGAGGAGCUGCGUAACUCCUGUAUGGGCUCUGCUGCCACUGUGACCUUGCCCUCUCCAGUCCUCCCUAGUUGGCACCAGCUAUGAGCUCCUGCAACUCCACACAUGCCACCUUUGUGCUGAUUGGCAUCCCGGGACUAGAAGCAGCCCAUUUCUGGUUCGGCUUCCCCUUGCUUUCUAUGUAUGUGGUGGCACUAUUUGGAAACUGCAUCGUGGUCUUCAUUGUGAGGACAGAGCGCAGCCUGCAUGCGCCCAUGUACCUCUUUCUCUGCAUGCUGGCAGCCAUUGACCUGGCCUUAUCCACAUCCACCAUGCCCAAGAUCCUGGCACUCUUCUGGUUUGACUCCCGGGAGAUCACUUUUGAUGCCUGCCUUGCCCAGAUGUUCUUUAUACACGCUCUCUCCGCCAUUGAAUCCACCAUCCUGCUGGCUAUGGCCUUUGACCGCUACGUGGCUAUCUGCCACCCGCUGCGUCAUGCUGCGGUACUCAACAACACAGUCACGGUGCAGAUCGGCAUGGCGGCCCUGAUCCGUGGAUCGCUCUUCUUUUUCCCUCUCCCAUUGCUCAUCAAGCGGCUGGCCUUCUGCCACUCCAAUGUGCUGUCACACUCCUACUGCGUACACCAGGAUGUGAUGAAGUUGGCCUACGCAGACACAUUGCCCAAUGUCGUCUAUGGUCUAACUGCCAUACUGCUGGUCAUGGGUGUGGAUGUCAUGUUCAUAUCCUUGUCCUAUUUUCUGAUUAUACGAACAGUUCUGCAACUGCCUUCCAAGUCAGAGCGAGCCAAAGCCUUCGGGACCUGUGUGUCCCACAUCGGUGUGGUCCUGGCUUUCUAUGUGCCACUCAUUGGCCUCUCGGUGGUACACCGCUUUGGUAACAGCCUGGAUCCCAUCGUGCAUGUUCUCAUGGGGGAUGUCUACCUGCUGCUGCCUCCCGUCAUCAAUCCCAUCAUUUACGGGGCUAAGACCAAACAGAUCAGAACUAGGGUCCUGGCUAUGUUCAAGAUCAGCCGCGACAAGGACGUCGAAGCUGGAGGAAACACGUGA